CUCUCGAAAACAGAUGGCAGAGAGUCACUCACCGAGUACCUGUCUAUAACAGCGGGCUUAGCGGUGAUCGCGAUCUUUGCUCUCUUCAUCAAACGAUAUAUGGCUAAGAGAUCCAGAGGACAGACAAAUCAGCGAACACGUGAGUAAAUAUCUGGUUAAAAACUAACCUUAUAAAUGAUUUUGACAUACAUUGUCUUAUAGUUUUAUACGCUGUUAAUUAAUGAUGCUGUGAGUAACGUGAAUUAAUUUUGCCAUUUCAGGUGAAGAAGCCGAUGAGCUCCAAAUGUAUGUAUUUAUUAAUUCCUGAAUGAAUUAUCACUCCCUAUCAAACAGGAGGCAAGAGGUUUUCGCAGAAUGAAUACUUUUAAAAAUAAUGACUAACAACAUAGACUAAAAAGCAAACCGACCUAAUUCACUUUAGUCGAAUGUUUUCUAGUGCCGUUUGUGUCUAACUCCAGUCAUUUUUCCCGUCAUCUCUGCCACUCCUCACUCUCCCCCUUCCCCCACCAAUAUGGCUGAGUAUAGCCUAAGCUCUGACGUUAUCUAUUACCAGGGUGUCCUUGAGAUCGCAAGCCACAUGCAACGAGUUUUUUCCAAAUGGAGCUUGCAACGUAUCCUCAUCGGGUGACCCUGAAUGGGAAAUACCGCGAGCAAGGCUGAAUGUGGAGAAGGUUAUUGGGCGUGGCGCAUUUGGCGUGGUGUCACGGGGCUUAGCGUUUGAUUUGCCGGGAAAACCAGGAUGGACUGUGGUAGCAGUGAAGAGCGUUCAAGGUUACAUUUCCCCUUAUUUUCCACUAAAAAAGACCUUUUGUACACUUGGGAACUAAUAAAAAAAGACUCUAAUACAAGAAAUACAUGUACACUUAAAACCAUCAAGCUUUGAUCCGAGCAAUGUCGUAAACAUUUGAUGAAAUGAUCAGUGUGGCGCUGGGGAGAAGUUAGAUUUUAUAGAAUUGGUCAUUUUAAUGUUGAUUAAAUUCUGAUUUAAAUGGAAUUUUGGUUUGUUGGUAUUUACAAAGAUGAUGCUUCAGAAAAAGAGAAGGCAGACCUGUUGUCAGAGAUGUCACUCCUUAAACACCUAGAUCCUCAUCCUCACGUCAUCCGCCUUUACGGUUGUGUUACUACUGAAGGUGAGCUUGAGGUAGUGGCAUCUUUGCUGUCAAUGUCAUCUGUGGAAGUGUUGCCGGGGUGCACGAGUCUUGCUUCAUCGUUACGUCGUCCUUACAUGUAUAUGCGUCAGUUACAGUUUGUAACUAGGUGUGCUGAGAUUAUGCAAUGAUCUCAGCACGCCUUGAACUACUAUGUGUAAAUUACAUAGUGGAAAGGCCUUGUUUCCAAAUAUUCUUAGAUAAGGGGGUCUGCAAAGUUGCUUACAGCUCGCACAGCUGAUAAAGAAGCUCCUGAGUCUAACCAAAGUCCUCUGAAGAGUGUUGUAAACGCAUAGGAGAAAAUUUAUUUGGACAAAUGGACUAUAUAAUCAACAUCAUCUUCAUAAUUAGUUUACUUUGCGACACUUGUUAAAGACUUCUAAAGGAAAUCCAGUCAGUCAUGAACAUGAUCAGCUAACUCAAGUGUCUAGUGAAUAAAUCGAGAAAUAGCUGAUAACCAGAAUAUAUUGUUAAUUGAAGGCCACUUAUAGUUAAAGAUGAAAUUUCUCGUAUUUCAGCCCGGCCACUCGUAGUUGUCGAGUAUGCACAGUAUGGUGACUUGCUUGGGUACCUGAGGAAGAGCCGAGGAGUUCGAGAUAACUACUACAGUGAUCCCUCGGUAGAGCCCCGCACCAGCCUCACUUCCAAGCAACUGCUUCGGUUUGCUUGGCAGAUCAGUGAUGGAAUGGACUACUUGUCGAAGAAAAAGGUUACAAAGUCACCUGUUGUGUUUCUAUACGAAAGCUGGAGAGCAUUGUUACAACAAUUCAAAAAUUUAAUCUGCGACUAACUCGCUGCUACUUUGCUCACAGGAUGUGUUGGAGAAGUCUGUGUGUUCCAAGAUUUCAUUACCCUUACCAAUCUUGCUAACUCUGGGACAUUAAGGCCCUUCAGAUAAAUACGUUAUAAUUAUUACUAUUCUAAUGUUGAUUUUUUUUUAAGUAUCAGGACAGAAGUAUAAAUAUGAAUAUCUAUGUUAACCCAAGUAGUUCGAAAGUCAAUUUAUAGCUAUAUUUCGUCACUAGAUCAUUCAUCGCGACUUAGCCGCGAGAAAUGUUUUGGUUGGUGACGAAGACGUUUGCAAAAUCACAGAUUUUGGAAUGGCCAGAGAUGUUUGGGCAGAGGAUAUAUAUGUUCGAACCCACGAGGUAAUUCUUCACAACAUAUUUGGAAAUAACUUGUAUCUGAGCCGAUUGAUUUAAAAGAGUGUACUUGUUAAAAAAAAGCACAGUUGUUAGAAGUUACUAAACAGCCCACGUGAAAUUAACCUGCUCAUCAUUUUUUCGAAAACCACGCAACUGCAAAGUGUGCACGUUUGCGAUAGGGCAAUUUAAUAUAACAUAAACGAUAACUUUCAGUUUCGAAAUGCAAUAUGGAGAGAAAGUGUUUAAACUCACUCAUGAUUAUGUUAUUGUGAUCUUUGGUUUUAGGGCCGUCUUCCAAUUAAAUGGACGGCUCCCGAGGCUCUAUUUGGAAGUGGUGCAUAUACGACACGCAGUGACGUGUGAGUUUGUUUUGUACAUAAACAUUCGCCCAGAUAUCACAAGAACAUAUUGUGAAAUUGCCUGAAAUAAUCAAAAUCAUAGUAGCGUGCGUGAAAGUCCUAUCAAAUUGCUAAAGAGCCACCUUGGUAAAAAUUCUUAAUUUCGCAAUGGCCAUGCAUCCAUAAGAUGACAUGUUUGGUUUUACUUCGGCUGAAACUUCCCGUUCAGUUUAGCAGCGAAGUUCCAAAUUUUCAAGACUUUUUUUCUGUUCUAUCCCGAUUGAGAUAGACCUCAGGAAGCUCAAAAUGGAACGAAAAUAUGCUAAAUAGUACUCGUUUCGAAAAAAGAUUAACAUGUCGCUGUUUCAAGCGACGAAAUUAGUUUCUGAGUCGACGAAACUUAAUUCUUAAACGCGAUGGGAAUUAUGACCGAAAAUAAAACUGAGUUUUGUGACUUAAACCGAACCUUUGCGACGUUAGGGACUCUGCAUUAGAACAGGAAAUAUUAUUUUGAAGUUUUGAUGUGUCCCAAAAGUGUUGUUUAAAAGAAGAUUUUGUUUUGAAAGAGUUCAGAAUUUUUCACACAAAGCUACGCAAUUUUCUAAUCGUAAAUUCAGGUAAACAACCAUUAAAGCAGGUAAAUCUUCCACCCGGGUCUCGUAAAUGCAAGAAGUUUUGAAAGUUUUUCGUUUAGAUUUUUGAACGAUUGAUAUAUUUAUAUGUGUCGAUAUUUCUUAAAAGUAUUUUCCAAUAGAAUAUUUAAUUUUUAGAACCGUGCAAUUUUAAAAUUUUCACAAUUUUUAACACAAACCUAUACAAUGUUAUGGCCGUGAAUUCUGGUAAACAACGAUUCAAGCAUGCUGAAUCUUCUGCGCGAUAUCGCGCUUGUAAGAAUUUCGUUCGUUUUUCGCCUUCUGAGCAGAAAAUUUACAAUUAUUUGAGUAAAUAUUUCUCGGUCGUUUUUGCCGGGUAAUGUAUCCAUAGUUUUUGGGUAGAACAGCUGACAGUUACCUAGUGGACCCAAUACAGUUGCAAUGAGGUCUCUUUUAUUUCGAGUGCGAUUUGUGUCUGCAUACCAUUUUAUGAAAGAAUUUGUUCAUGCUUCAGCUUUGCGUAUAUCGAGUUAUGGUUGCACGCGGGAAGUUAGAAUUACGCUUCUCUCGUGCGCUCCAAACUUCCAGUGUGCAUCCAGAACUCGAUAUACGCACGCUAAGCAUGGACCAAUUCUUUCAUAUUUUGCGUUUGAACACAGGACGAUGGUCUGGAUUGUGGGAAUCUCAGUUAAGAAGUAAAACGAUAAGAGAAUAAACCCCUUUUUUUGUUUCUGUUUUACAUUUUGUGUUAUCAAAUAAUUUUGGUUGACUAGUUUUGGCACGAUUCAUUGAGAUCAACGAAAUUAUAUUCAAUGCAAUUUUCUCUUAGUUCUCUUUCAAACCGCUUUUAUCAGCUUCUGAUAUCCAGCUCAAGAAAUAUACUUUUCCAAAACAAUAAUGGACAACCGAAAGGACUUGAUAUUGUCAUUUAACUGACUGGCUAAGCUUCGUUAACCCCCUUACUCCUAAGAUCUCAUCAGAAAUUCCCCUUACUCUUUGUCAUUCAAUUCUUAUGAUGUUACUUUGGGGAAUCUGGCAUUGGAAAUAAAAAAAUCCCUUUAUUGAUAAUUUUCUUUAUUUUCGUGACUUGUCUGCUAGUAUUGCGAUAUUGUAAGGAGAAAUUGUGUCUCGAUCACUCAUGAGAGUUAAAGGGUAAAGCUAAGGCACUGUUCCCAGGUUCAAGCUCUCCAUCCUGCUUCUCACUGGAUUUCGUCUUUGUUGCCCCCCCUCCAGUUAAAUUGGCAUCCUGCCAGUUGGGGCUCUUAAACAUUAUGGGCCGGUAAUUUAAACCAGAGCCGUUCUUUCACAAAACUGCGUUCUAAGCCAUCUUCAAUUUUUCCGAACCUUUUAUCUUAUUAAUGUUUAUUUUCAAUUUGUUUAAACUUGAAGGCCAUAAUUUUAUCAGUUUUUAACUGAUUAGUGUUAACUUCAGCAAUCAAAGUGUUUUUAUCAUUCAAAUGAAGCAAAACAUUUGAAUAGGCUCGCGUUUUUACUAUUAUAUAAAUUUAGGUGGAGCUUUGGUGUGGUCAUGUACGAGAUCUUCACUGUCGGUGAGUUAAAAUUUGAGCUGAAAAAAUGCUCUUACUAAAUGCAUAGAUGCAAGCGGCUCUGUGAUUUUCAAGUAUUUCCUUAAGACGCACUCGUUAUGUGAAGUUGUUAGCGACCAGGCAAAAAAACAAAAGAGAUAAUAACAGAAAAAAAAAAAAAACGAAGGAAUACAGCGAUAAGGUCCUGGGAUCCCAAAAUCGCUCUCAAAGGAAACUCCUUCCUGACACUCCGUAUUCAGUAAACAACGCUUGUUUCUGUCAUGGGGUUUUCACAUACUAUUGCCUGUGCAUGUCGUCAGUCGAAUAACGCUUCUUAAGAUUCAAUAUGAUGUUUUAGGUACUCUUUUUCUAAUAAGGAUUACACGAUUCCUAGUUUCCAUUUAAUAACUUUUUAAAUUUUCUGUUAACACUUAAUAGGUGGUGACCCUUUUCCAGGGGUGUAUAUGAGAGAUAUCCCAGCCAUGUUGAAGAACGAGUACAGGAUGCCGCGCCCAAAAUUUGUCAGUGCAAAACUGUAAGUAAUUAUUAUCGUAAAGUAGACAGUCACGAUUUUUAGGCAACAAAAGCAAUGAUGCUCAAAUUUCCUUUGCUUUGUUCUCUAUUACACUCUAGCCGAGUGCUUAUACAGAGAUUAUUAUUUAAGUCAAGAACGAGCCAAGCGAGACACGAUCGAUCGAUACACUUUGACAUUUGAAAACUGGGGCAGCGGAUAGAAAAGUUGUGACAAACCCUGGUUUAAAAGGGAAAUGUUACUCCUUGAUUCGAAAUUAUCGGCAGUUUUGCCAUCUAAUGUUGUUAUGUAGUGAGAGACAACAUUGAUAUUCUGUCUAGUUUGAGCAUGUUAUAUGACGACCUUUCCCUGUUUCGUGCUCAUUUUUAAGUACCUGUCUAUGAAAGCACGUUUGAGGAAGCUCGGCUGAUGGGGCCAGAAACCAAAAAGAAUCUAAAGCAAAUGGAAGUAUAUACCUGCCUCGCUGUAUCGAUUAUAUACCCGCCUUGUGCUGGUUUGUGAAAAGUUUGGGGGCUUUAGUCUUAUUAAGCCACGCUGUAACAAGAUGUACGCCUAUAUAUUGCAUAUGUGUACUAUACGUUGAAACAAAUCCAUUAAGGAAAAUCUUUAUAUGAAAAAUAUGCGGAGGAUCGAAAGGACAUCAUAAGCUAAGUUAGCUAAGUGUAUAUGCACAAUAAACUCUUAUUAUUAUCAUUAUUAUUAUUAUUUUUCUUUCAAACAGGUUCAAAAUCAUGAUGGAAUGCUGGAAGACUGAUCCCUUAAAGAGACCAGACUUUGAGUGUCUACGGUCACGAAUACACAGCAUGACCAGGGAUGAAGAACAGGUCAGGACUGAAAUAUUUGAUUAAAGAGCCUUGGUCCAUCGAUGUGUGAGAUAUCUCGUCAGAUCCCUACGUUUAAAAUGGAAAUCAAUUUUCUGCUCUCUCAAAGCCAUUAUGAUUAUACUUUGACAAUAUCGUGGCUUCUCAUCUAGUUAUUUUUCUUGUAUUUGUUUUAAAUGGUCGCUUUCUAUUCUUCUUAGGACUAUGUCAACUUGGAAGGGCUGUUGUAUGAAAAUGUGCAACCAACCAGUUUUACAGAGGAGUAUUCGGCAUAGCGAAUGAGCUAAAUCUAACGAACCUUAACACAGAUGUAGUUCCUAGGCAAAGAAAAAUAUAAACAGGCUAAAAGCCAAUGGCAAUCAAAGAAUAGUAAAGCACGUUCGAUGAGAUAUUUUUAGUGAGAAGGCCGGGAGUACCGGAACAAAAGAGAAAAGGGAAAUGGAGGUAAAUUAAUACAUUUGUACUCCAAAACAAUUUGCUAUUUCUAGUAAAGUACAUAGAAAUGUUGCAAUAGUAUCAGUGGAACAAUAAAUUUGAACCAUGUUUAACAAGACCAGGGUGAAAUGAAGGCAAUUUGAUGUAGUUGUCUUCCAAAAAAAUCUGCCACUUACAUGACUCCGCGUCUUAGUUGUCUGAGGACGAGUCAGGGCCAAUUUCCGAGUUACACAGCAAGGUGAUCUCGAUGACCUAGUUUUCUGAACACAAAUCAAACUGUGCAACUUAAUGGGCUAAGUAAAAACAUGGACAUGAGAGUAAAAUUAUUUCGUAGGAGUUCACAUUCAUCCGUUUUGAUGACACAGCUAUAGUUUUUUUUGUCGAAGAUCAAAGCCCCAAACUGCAGUUUAACAACGGGAGUCGAACAUACUUCUUUAGGAGAUAACCCCAUUAUUUAUAAGUCAACAUAUUAAAAGGCAAAAUUUACCACUUAUCACUGCACUGUGUAACUUAUCGAGUUCGUAUCGAAUUCAAACACUCUCUCCCUUUCGCCAGACUGCACUUAGCCUUGUGAUGAUGUCAUUCGUUUUUGACGCUGCUAGUAUUCGUCAGAGAUUAAACAAUUCAUACCCUCUUGGUAUCCUCCGUAAGUCCCAUGAAAUUACGCAAUUAAGUCUAUAUUAUAUCUCCUUUGUCGAACGCAAAAAGAAGACGGGAAAAUUGAUGUCGUUUGCACCUUUGGUUUAAGGUGCAGACACGUGAGUGGUAAUAGUUCAAAAUCUACUUCAGCUUCAGGUGUCCAUCACUUUUCCCUACAUUUUAACGUCGCCUUGAAAACGGAGUGACUACUCAGAAACGUCGCUUUUGUCUAUACAAGUACUUGAACUAGAGCUGCAACUACGAUAUGGGUUCCCGCCUCUCAAGAGUCGAAUUCCUGAGAUUAAGCUCUGGACGUGAACAUCGUUCACUAAAUUUUCUUGGUCAGGGAGUGAGGAAGGAUUCCGUUGGUGACUAGUAAUUACCAUUUAAAGUCAUUGACUCGAGAAGUGAAGAUAUUAAUAGAAAUGGGAAAAACUGUACAUUCAUAUAUUAUUUAACGAAUAAAUGCCUAUAUCUACAAGAUAUUUAUGCGUGAAGUAUCUGUAGAAAAACCGAGAAGAUGCGUAAAUGUACUUCUCACUACCUGCAUAUUGCAAGUAAAUUUUUAAUCCAGCGAAUGCGUUUGUAAUCAGUAUUUAAGAGCCAUAACUCAACGUUUCAAGUUAAGAGAGGGAUCAUCGAAUUUUUUAUUAAAACAUCAUUUAAAAUGGCACGGCAACUUAAUUGAAAACAAGAGGCAAACAAAGGAAAGACUGUAAUUGAUUCAAAUAUGACAAAUUUUAAAGCUGAUUAGUUGUUAGGAAAGGCAGUCAUCUUUGAUCACACGAUACUGCAGUGAGCUUUUUCGUUUCCAGUAGCUAGCGAAUUAUGAAAUUUAGUACGGUACUCACUAAAUCACCAUGGAAACGAAGCAAAUGAGCUCAGCGGAAGGGGACUAAGGAUUAGCCUGUGUCUGAUUAUGUUGCAUAGUAGACUUUGCACUUCUCGCUCGAAUGCGCACAACAACAAUUUGUCUUAAGAAUUAAGAUGGGAUGGUUAUGGUUCGUUUUGCUUUAUCUCAGCCCUAUCCUGAUUCCUUUGUUCUGCUUUUGUUAUUACUGGUAUUUUAUCUGCAACACCCUUACGCGAGUAAAUGGGGAUACAUUGGCAGUAAAUGUUGUCGACAAAAUCGACAACAGCACUAAAGAUGAGAUUCGAGGUAUAAAGGCGCCUGGUAUUCCGUGCAAAGGAUUAAAAACGUUGGAUGAAACGAAAACAGGCGUAGAAGCUGCUUCGAAGACAUCUAUUAACAAUACCAGACGGAAGGCCGAUCAGGUAAGCGUCUCUUAGACAAUUGAAGGCCGUUCCUUGAAAGUGUAGUGCACUUAUUCAUUAUUUAAACAAAGUAAUUGAAAUCGAGCCAAACUGAGGAAGCCAGAUUUGAAUAACUUACUCAAACACACGACUAAUCAGAUGAACUGAAUUUUGCUACCGUGGCGAAAAAGUAAAGAAUAAUAAAUUCGAAAUGUGUUAUUAGGAUAAUUUUGGCAAACUUACCGAAAAGCGUAUGCAUCAGAGAAGUUUUUGCAGUGAAUAUAUCAAACAAUGCUUUACUGAUUCAUUAUACGUUUCACCUCUGUCAAUGAUGGAUUGUAUGGCAAUCAUUAUAUCACGUGUACAUUGACAUUAUUAAACGGGUAAACUUUGAAGACAACACAAAACAUUUGAUUUAGUUGUGGUUAGUUUGUGAAUGAAAGCAGAAAUCGUGCGGAUAUGUGUGUGUGUGCAAGGCUAUCGUAAUUGUAACGAACGUAGACCUCGGCUCAGUAAAAUCUUGUUGAUCUUCCUGUCAGAUCGUUUUUUGUCAGUUGAAAUGUACCUUUUGGCAAAAAGAUAUUAUAUUUUAUGUUCAACCUUUGAAUAAAAUGGGGCUUACUAAAAUAAUAUUAUUCUUAGUAACACGGAGCUACAUACCAUUGUAAAAUGUAUUCAGUGAGCGUGACUGACAUUUCCUUUGAUAAAUUUCUUAUGUAAAUGUACUUCAAAGCUGGAUCAGAUAGAGCGCCUGUGACAUUUAACGUGGUAAGCUGUAAUGUUGUUUUAGUGCCUUGGUAAUCAGAGCCGAUCAUUGUGCUUCGACGAUAUCAAGAAAGGACAAGUAGUAUUCCUUUUAAAUUUUCAUGCGGGCUGGGUGCCUUUGCCAAAAUUAACACUCUUGACGCCGUAGAUGUACUUGAAAAUGCCUCUGGAGACCCGGAAAAGUUAUUGCCACAAGCUAACCAAGCGAUCCUAUGUUUAAAUUGAUUUUUAAUACCCGAACUGUACUCGAAGAAGAUUUCAUACACUUCAACGCGUGGCGGGGUUUAGACAAGAGCGAAUUUGUGAAGUGACGGAUAACACAAAGGUAUUCAGUUGCAUGCUGUGCGGCAAUUGUCACUCCGAAUCUCUUUUGCAUCAAGUCGGGUCAGGCUAACGGAAGUAAAGCGUACAGUUUAUCUUAUCAGUCUGCACGACUAAACUUGAGCGGUUAAGAUUCAAUAUUUCCCUCCAGGGAAAUACGUGACGCAUUUUCACGUACCAUAUCACAAAUUGCGUCUAACUGCUGGUUAUAUAAUUAACAAAGCAAACUAAAACCAACUGCAGGAAUGCCAUCUGUAGGAAAGUGAAGUUUUCGGUGGCAUCUGAAACCGCAUGUUUUUGAGAGAGUCGACUAUAAAGUGCAGACAGCUCCAUGUGUUACAUUUGUGAUGCAUGUCUGACUAAUUUGUGACUAAGGAUCAACAGGCCGAUUCGCUUUAUGUGAUAAAUAAAGAUGAAUGAGACAAAUUAGGAUUUGCAACCCGCGACGUAAAGUGCGUCGGCAGUAAGGCUCAAGGUCCAAGCACGUAACUUUGGUUUUUCUUUUAGUAUUUUGGUUUUCUUCCGCCUCUAGGAAAUCUUGAUCUUCAGUGUCUGUCAGCGAUACGAGUUUUUAAGUGUUUUUAGCAGCCAUAAUCCGACAAAAGUCUCUCCAAACGAUCUUGGAUUGAGAACGGUGAACGCUUUGCCAUUCAUUUAUCAACCUGACAGAGUAACGUGAAAGGCGAGUGACAUGUCAGGAGCUGAUUGGCGAUAUGAAACUUGCGUAAACAUUAAAGUUAUUUUUAAACGAUCAUCAGCCUUAUUAACCUAUUUCCAAGAAUAAGUCUUUUCAGUUUGACUAGCUUUUUUUAUUACAUGAACAGGAACAGUCCGGUGGGAGUGGAGGGGAAUACGGCAGGCAUUGUCAAAAGAUGCCCACAAAUAAUUCUUAUGUGUUCUUCUAGGUUCUUUCUACUCUAUCAGAGGCAAAAAUUGAAGACGAACGCAAAAGAAGCCUACUGCUGGAUGAAUUUCGCAAAGCCCAAGAUUUUUUGAGUCAACUGAAUGAGAAUCGCUCAUUGCCUUUGCUGCAGGUGAAUAUAACCGAAAUUUUAGAGGAAAUGAAGCAACAUAUCAGCCAACUCGAACAGAAGGAAUACUAUAUUCUUGUUGCAGGUAAGUGAUGAUGGAGAAUUUACUCAAAACAACCACAUUAGAUUUUUUCCUGGCCUCCAGGCUUAUGAAAUUCCGCAACUGACAGAGGAUUGGCCCAUUUCAGAGAGGUUUAUAGUAUUGUUUCAUCUUGGUCAGAAGGAAACUAGCAUACCACGCUUGGCGGAAGGCACAAGGAUAUUAAGCUUGUCCUGUUUCUUUCUUCUUUAAUAUAACAGACUCUGACAGGACAUUGCCAGAGUCAGCUAGAAUCAGUCCGAGAGUGGUCAAAGAGAAGAGAAGCGAGAAAAUUAAAGUUUUUGCAAGUAGAAAAGUUCUACUAAAAGCAAAUAUUCUUCUCUCAGUUUUCUUUGACCACUCUCUGACUGACUCUUAUUAACUCUGAUUCUCUAACUCUGAUCUACCAACUGCUAUUUCUAUAGUACUUUCUUUAAUAUUAACUAUCGAUAGGCAUGAGUGGAGGUGCCGGCCAACUGACCUUGAAGGAUAUUAAAAAACCCCUUUCACGAGACUCUCUCGAAUAAACAAAAAUGUAACUCAUGCUUCCAGUCACACACACACAGUUUUAGAAAGUACAUCAGGAUGAAAGCAUUUUUUGUUUAUUUUUGUUUUUGUUUUUGUCUUGUUGUUUUAGGCGAGGCAAGUGCUGGAAAAAGCAGCCUGAUAAAUCUCAUUCUGGGAGAGAGGCUUCUUCCAUCUUCCUCACUGAGCACAACUUCCACGCUAUGUGAAUUGAAGUACGGCGAGGAAAGAAAAAUUGUGGCGCACCUCAAAGACACAGAUUCGAAAACAGGCCUAACAUCGACCAUAUUUCUUGAGAAUCCAACAGAAUCUUCAGGGAAAAGCUAUCUCCAGCAGAUAUCACCUUUUGUCCACGUGAAGGGUGCAGACCGUGGGAAAGGUACAAUUUACAAAAAGGUUGAAAUCUUCUGGCCUCAUCAAUUGUUGAAGGUAAGUAUUCAGUUAACCGUUAAAUGUCUUCUGUAAAUCGAAACAUUACGGAAAUACUUGAAAGUAUGUAAUACCCUCCUUUGCCUAGGAACGUAAACUGAACUAGCCACUAGUGUUGUCUCACAGUUCUUUCCCGUAUAAAGUAUUCCAUAGGUUGAUAUGGAAAGUUGAACCCCCAUCAGUAAUCAAGAUUUUGGUUUCUCCAAUCAGCUAUCAUGAACAUCGAGACCAAACUUGGAGGUUGUUGAUUGACAACCUCGUUAGAUGAGAUGAACUGGCAUAUAUGAACGGGCUGACAUUCACUGCAGGAUUAAAACUAAUAAACUAAAAAAAAAUGAAAAUGACAUGGAUCCAUAUCCAGUCCUACUGUAAAUAUCAAACAUUUUGAGUGAAUAAAAAAAUCGGUUCAAUCUCCAAUAGCAGUUGAUAGUUUUCUAGACCUAGAUUAUGCCAAAGAGAACAAUUCGAACAAUCUAGAUGAUUGUCUAUUGUAGAUAAUUAUUCAGCGUUAAUUUCUGUGUUUUAGAAAGGUGUCACUAUCAUUGAUAGUCCUGGUGUUGGAGAAUCGGAAGUCAUGGACGAAGUAGUGACAGAGUAUCUUCCUCAAGCCUUUGGAUUUAUUUAUGUCAUCAACAGCGCAAACGCUGGAGGGGUUCAGAAAGACAGGGUAAGUAGCUAGUGCAAUGUGGAUAGCAGUGAAAUUAAAAUUUUAGAAAAGAAAAAAUAGUAUUACAAAGGACGAAUCAAAGUGAUGAUUAAACUUUUAAAGUUGACUAUUUUUUUAAGUACUUUGUAGCCAUUUUGUGUUAAUUGACAACUUUUUGAUUAAUACAAAGCUCGUAUCUUUGCUGAGCGAACUGGGCAAGAUAUCGCGUGAAAGACAAGAAGAGUUUCCCUCCAAAUGUGCUUUGUUUGUAUGCAACAAAUGGGACCAGAUUCCAGAGGACGAAGCCGACGAUGUUAAGGCACACAUAAAGACCAAGUUAAAAGAAUGGUGGCCUGAUCUUAUUCCUGAAUCCCAGAUCACCUACAUAUCUGUAAAAAAUGCUCUCGGUGCUCAGAGCCGUGGAAAGAUUAAAACCGACUUCAUCACCCUGAUGAAAUGGAUCCGUAUUUUUGUUCUAAAAUGCAUUGAGCAAAGGUUGGGAAUUCACUGGAGGUAAGUUCAUGCCUUCUUUUGAUUAUGGAAUUAGGUGUUAUAGUUUUAUUGUGGUUAUAACUGUUAAACAAAGUCAAAUGAUUAAAAAAGAGACAGAAACUUUAGAUUAGUAACAUAAGAAGAACUUUGAAUUAAUUUUUUAUAUCACGGUCAUCCAAACUCCAACACUAAUGGGCAAACUCUUUUCGCGGUCCGAGUUUUAAAUCGUAUAUGUUAGUAACUUAAAGGAUUAAAACGAGCCAGGUCAUUUACAAUGGGAAAUGAUCAUUACGUUGCUUAUUUAGUGAUUUGCUGAUUAUUGCUUUGUAUGUACCUAGUUCGUUCUAAAACUACGAGUUAUAAAAAAAUACAAUCAGAGUUAUAAUUCUCUUUUCAUUUCCUUAUUUCCUUACAGAUGGCUUGAUUUUGUAUUUUACCAACUAAUUUGUCAAACAAAGAUGGUUACGAUGAACGCCACUAGAGAUCAUAAGAAAGUCAACAAGAACAUGACCACCAUACUUUAUCGUCUGGAAGUGCUUGAGAGACAACAAACCCAACUUAUUGAUAGGAUUCGCAUAGAUAUGACAGCCCAAGCCAACGAGGUCGAAACAAAGCUCUGCGAAUUUCUCAAUUCAGAGGAUUUGGGAACACAAUUCAUCUAUCGAUUUUACGGAUCUGCUCCAUCCGUAAGUGAGCUGGACGAAGAACUGCAAGUAAUUUUGCAACAGUGGGAAGAUAAAAAUCACGUAUUUGCAAAUGCUUUUAGCUUGCCUCUUCAACGAUUUUUGGAGCAACACAAUUUAGCAAAAAUGCAAAUCCUGAAUCUUCAACGUGACAUCUCGGAAGGCGAAGUCUCAAUGGCCACACCAAUUUACCCACACUGUAAGUUUAGCGCUUCCGUGGUCUUCAUUUUUGAUCUCUUUGCUGAGAGGCUUGGAAUAUUCAGGAGUAUCUCCGGAUCCUUGGGUGGACUCGACACCAUUAUGCCUAUGAUGAAGAAUUUUACUUCUUCUGUUUGGAUGAGAAAGAGCUUUCUUCAGUGUGUUAUAAAUGGAGAUGCAGCUAAGUCUAUGGUAAAUAAAAUGCUUAAAAAGCAUCUGAAACGUUUGGAACAAAUUGGAAAUCAAGUUCCACAGAUGAUUCAGGCCAACAAAAAGUUAUGUGAAGAACUCCGUGACAACAAGCAAUCACACCAAAAGAUUAUAGAACUGUACGAGCCAAUUAGGAACUCUGCUUCUGCCAUAAGAGGACACCUAGCUGCAUUUGGGCUGAGAGAGGCCUGUGCUCACUGCAACGAGGAGUUGCAGUGGAAGGAUGAUGCAUCUGCCUUUCUUGGGUGUGGUAUGUUUGCCUCUGUGUACAAAGGGAAGAUGAGAAGACAUGGAUUCGAGCAAAAAGUAGCUGUGAAGGUUUGCCGCAAACCUCUAGACGUCGAAAAUGCAAGUCUCGUAGUUGAAGAAAUGACCCUUUUGAGGUGAGAAAAAAUUCCCCCAUUUCCAUCUCAAUAUUCUAAUUUUCCCCCAAAUUAUAAUGCCGCGUAUCUGGAGUAGGACUUGAGGAAAAAUUGAGCAUCAACCGUUUGGCUCUUUCUUACGCAGCAAGCGCGCCAUGAUUUCGGAGACUUUCCAAUGUAUUUGUAGAAACAGAAAGUUUGAAUCAAAGGAAUUGCGAUAAGUGCUGUUGACGUUCAUUCGUAUAGUGAACUGUUAUGCUUACUUUUGAAAAGAACCCUUGUUUGGUGGAUUACUUCUAAAGGUCUACUCUUUACAUUAGGCGUGUCAGAAUUUUUAAAUUAUAAAUUAACUUUUUAAGCAUAAAUUAACUUUUUGGGAGCUUGACUAGCUGCUUUUCGUCGAUACCAUUUUUUUACCGUAAUUGGCAGUGAUGUCGCAAUCUGAUAGGCCAGUUUGUUGUUAUUGAUAAGAGUGCAGACCAAGCUAAACUGCUGUCGACUAGUUAACUCUCUCUUAAUGUACAUACUCUACUGUGUGUUGUUUCGUACGGCCAACAAAGCAUCUUUCGCCCUGCACCAUAGUUCAUGCGUGAUAUUUUCCUUUGACAGAAAAUUGGAUCACCCUCAUAUUGUCAAGUUUUUUGGGACUGCACUCUUGAAAAAAGAGGACGGGUUAAGGUUGAUCUUUGUGAUGGAAAGGUGCACAGAAAGCCUCAAAGAUCACAUCUUCAAGCACCGAGAAUCUGUUCCGGGUCUAUCCGGAAAAACAGCGGACCUUAGAGUUUGUCGUUGGGCGAAAGAAAUCACCGCUGGUCUUCACUUUAUGCACGAAGUAGGCAUUAUCCACAGAGACCUCAAGCUAGAAAACAUCUUGGUAGGUACUUACAGCGAUCUUGAUAUUUUUAUCGCAUCUUGCCAGUCCUUGCAAGUCAAUGGAAUUGAUUAGUCAUUUAAAAUUAUAGUUUUACUUUUCAAUCAUGGGCAUCCAAACUUCUAGAAUUUCUGCACAAAUCUCAAAACCAACUGAAUCACAGCGGAAAAUGUCGCUUCUUGGGUGACACUGCACUUAACCCGUAAAGUUCAUUUCCCGAACAAAUAAUAGAGAAUGAUAGUGACUGAAGUAUUAUGAAAUGUAAUUGUCAAACAAUUGAUAAGCGAGAUACAAGCCAUUUUACUGUACAUUGAGUUUUCGUCUUCACAAAAUUACGAACCGAAACUUCUCUCAAUUACGAAUGCGGGAAAACAUUUAGUGAUUUCCAAUCCAAUAAUAAAUAUACUUAUCACAUAAACUGCGGUGUUAUACAAGGGUUUCCGGCCCUAAGAAAAGCCGUAACAGCACACGUGAAAAAAUAUCUAUUUUUUCACGUGUUUUAAUAUAGCCAAUCAGCUGCUGACACAUCACUCGGCUCUGGCGCCACCCGGUCAGCUUGAUAAAUGAACAGCAAAGCCUUCACGACUCUCAAUACAAGGUAGUUUGUAGGAACUUCCUCGGAUUUUGACGGCUAACUCCGUAUCGCUGACAGACAAUGAGGUUGAAACUUUCCUAGAAGGGGAAAAAAACCAAUAUACGAAAAGAAAAAACCAAAAGUUACGUAUUCAGUGGCUUUGAUGUUGGCAUUUCUCGCGGCUGAGAAUAAAAAUUGACAACUGGAAGCUUUGCCACUGGCCGAUCUUGGCCGUUUACCUUAAAGACUUCUUCUUUCGGUAAGGAAGAAGUCAACAAAUGAGAAUUUUGUAAUUGAAAAUUACGACUAUUUCUGUUUUUGUAAUCAUGAUUCGACGAUUUUUCCGUCUUGCGAGUUAGCGCCAACGCACUGAACGGUUUUUUAUUCGGGGAUUGUUGAUUCGUUUAUUUUCAUUCAUUAAUGAAGUCGGCUUUUCUUGUUAGUAAAGGGCUAUUGUGUUUAUAUGAUAAACAAAAUAAUACAUGGCUGCUUGUAUAUAUGCAAUUUCUCUUCUCGUGUCCAACUCGACAUCUCACUCGUUCGCUGCACUCACUCGUGAGCUAUCGAGUUAAACACUCGAAGAGAAAUUCUAUUUCUACGCGCGCCCGUGUUUUACUCUCUAUUUGUCUUUGUUUUUAUUUAAGCUGUCGGAAGAGGAUUCCGUGAGAAUAGGUGAUGUCGGCGUUUCUAAGGAAGCAAGUAAAGUCAGCGGUACUGUUAAGGGAUCUUUUUCGUACAUGGCACCUGAGGUGUUCCAUUCUAAACUAUAUGAUUUCAAAGCAGACAUCUACAGUUUUGGAAUAAUGCUUUGGGAGAUGUGGUUUGGACGACGAGCAUUUGCUGAAGUUGAAGCGUUAAACAAUCAACAUUUCUUUACCUUGGUGGAUCAUGGGCGUCGUCCGAAAGAUAUCAUGGAAUUGAAAAAGCCUCCACGCCGCUGGAAAGAACUUAUGGAGAGAUGCUGGGAUAGAGACCCAGAAAAACGUCCCACAGCUGACAAUUGUGAGCGAGAAAUGACUGAAAUCUGCAGUGGAUGGACUGGUCAUUAG